AUGUCGAAACGCACACGGAUACCGUAUGCAGAGCCACUAUGGCUCAGCCGCGGCACUUCGCCGUUCUACAACGAGUCGCAUCGACAUUUGCAACGGGAGGUUCGCAAAUACGUCGAUGGCCAUUUACUUCCGUUCGCGGAUCAAUGGGAGACUGAAGGUGUUGUACCAAAAGAGGUCAUCGCGGAGCAUUCGCGAUUGGGUUAUCAAGCAGCAGCAGUAUACCCUCUCGCAAGGGCGCAGCUCAAUGGCCAGCGUCUGCCUGGCGAUAUCGAUCCAGAGCACUGGGAUGGUUUCCAUGAUCUGGUUGUGAUAGACGAGAUAGCACGAAUAGGCUAUCUCGGUGUUAUCUGGGCGCUGACUUGUGGUAACUCCAUUGGAGCCCCUCCGCUCGUGGUAUAUGGUAAUGAAGAGCAGAAGCGGAAGUACUUGCCGUCAGUCCUGAGUGGGAGCACGAGGUUUUGUCUCGCCGUGACGGAGCCAGAUGCUGGAUCCGAUGUUGCAGGCAUUACCACUACCGCGGUCCGUCAGGGUGACAAAUACAUUGUCAAUGGCGCCAAGAAAUGGAUAACAAAUGGGUCGUUCGCGGACUACUGUACUGCUGCGGUGCGCACUGGUGGACCAGGCAAGGAUGGAGUGUCUGCGUUGAUCAUUCCGUUGACUGCGCGAGGCGUGACGCGUAAGAAAAUCAACAAUUCUGGCGUUCUUUCGAGUGCCUCCACAUACAUCGAAUUCGAUGACGUUGAAGUGCCAGUGGAGAACUUGUUGGGUCAAGAGAAUCGCGGAUUUGGGAUCAUCAUGUCCAACUUCAACCACGAACGGUUGUGGCUAGGCGCCACGAGUCUGCGGCUCGCGCGGUGUUGUAUUGAAGAUGCCUAUCAGUACGCAGCGGUACGUGAGACAUUCGGAAAGCCACUGCUGGACAAUCAGAUGAUCCGGAGCAAGUUCAGUGCGAGCGGGAGAAAGGUGGAGUCGGCACAUGCUCUCAUGGAGCAGCUGGUAUAUCUCAAUUCGGAAGCCCAGCGCAAAGGCGUAGACGCGCAGCUUGGAGGGCAGUUCGCGAACUUCAAAGUGCUGGCAGCACAGACGCUGGAGUUCGUGAACAGGGAGGCCCAACAAACCAUGGGCGGUCUGGGCUAUUCCAAAGGAGGUCGGGGAGGACGCGUGGAACAGAUCAGCCGAGACGUGCGCGUCAUGGUGGUCGGCGGUGGUAGUGAAGAGAUUCUGGCGGAUUUGGCCAUUGUGCAAGAGGUUCGUGGAUUGAGUAAGUUGAGGAAGAAAACACGCUGCCCGGGUGAGCGCCCGGCGUGUGCAUUCUGCGUGCGGCUAGGUCAGGCAUGUCGCUACGCAGAUGCGCCAUCUGCCGCAACCAUCUCCGUGCAACAUGCUGUGGAAAAGGACUUCGCUGCAGCACAUUCGUCCCUUAAUACUGGCAGCUCCUUCCAAGCCAUAAGUUUCCCGUCCGCUAUUGGAGAGUCGAGUACGCCUUUUGCCUACGGCAAUGGACAGUGGGAAGGCGAUCCCGAGGAAACCGAACGCCCCAUGCCGGUGCCACAGCGUUUGCCGCAGGCAAUGGAGUCAUCAAGUCCGAUCUUGCAUACUGUCUCUCGUGAUAUUGCCAACCAAGCGGCGGACCGCGCCACACGCUUCGAAGAACGACCACCGGAACAUGUCAUUGCCAAACUAACAGACGUGUACUUCUCGAAUUGCCAAAACCAGCCAUAUUGCUUGUUCCACGAGGCUAACAUGCGUCGACGGCUUCAGAUCGGCGAUCUGCCAGAACAUCUGCUGCUUGCAUUCGCUGCAACUGCUGCACGUUAUAGCCGAGACGAUUAUUUCAAACCGGACCCACUGGUGGCGGUCGCAAGCUAUGCAAAGAAGUCAUGGGCUAUCCUCAAGAACCGAGUGCUUGACGGCGAUCCUUGCACCGAUCUUGACAGUGUGCAAGCCCCAGUCCUGCUUGCGAUCAUAGACUUCGUUGCUGGCCGACCGCGACAGGGCUGGGUCAAAACUGGCUUGGCCAUUCGGUUUGUGCAAGAUCUGAAGCUCAACGCAGAGCCUGACGCAUCCAUACCAGUCUGGCAGCAAGAAGAACGCCGGCGAGUCUUCUGGUCGGUAUAUUUAUUGGAUAGCUUCUUCGCUUGCGGUCGGAGUUGGCCCGUCUCUAUUGUCGACUCUGACUGCACCGUCAGACUCCCCUGUGUUGAGGAAUCGUUCCGUUUGGGAUCACAUCGAAAUGAUGCGCCUACCUUGGCUGUCUUGGACAAACCAUGGCAGUCAGAGACAGCACAGUCACUCGACAACUUUGCCAUCUCGGCACUCACGGCUUCAUUGCUCGGGCGUACCGUGAAGAUUUCGUCCUUGGAGGACAUCCCCACAGUGCCAUGCUGGGAUCCACAGAGCGGAUUCGCGAAGCUCAGUAGUCUGCUCAUGAGUUUUGAAAGCAGACAUGCCACAGGGUCCGAGAACCCGACUCAACACAUCAACGAGCUCUAUGGCACUUACGAAGGCUAUGACCGGCAGCGAGUCGGUUCCUUCACAGUGCAACACACCGGAUGUUGCGCUCGUGGAAGCUCACUAGGUUACAUUGCAGCUUGCAUUGCUUCUAUUCACAAGUUGUUCCUGCACUCACCAGAUGAGAACACAGUGACCAAGGCAGCUGAAGGUUUGGAGACAUGCCUGAAGUUCUUGGAGCACUCUCAUCAGAAUUGGGCCCAUCUCAAGCCAAUGAAACUGGCUAUCAACGAGUUCAACAUCGACCCAGCACUCGCGCGACUUCUUGUUGAUUCGACACUCCCCGCGACGAUCGAAAUGGACAAAGCUCAGCGCGACAUCCUUGAAUUUGUGCUCGACUACGUAUGGCUGAGUGAUGUCACCCGUGCACCUGCUUCGGCGAUACCUCCAUCUGACUCCAGUCUCAACCAAGGAGACUGGAAUUCUUUGCUGAACUUUGACGGGCUUCUGUCACCUGUGAACUUCGUAGGCGGAGAUCUCAGCCCGGAAAUGUCACAACACCGCAGUCAGGAGGGACUUGACGACACAGCGGGUUUGCUUUCUGGACAUGAUCAAAUCACAAUGGCUUGCUAGCAUUCUGCUGCAGGCAUUGAGGACCACCGUCUGUGUCGGAGCAGCAACAAUGACGCAGAUUCUUGGCAGGAGCGGACUUGACUGCAGCUCUUGCAUUUCAGACCGAUG